AUGGAACGAAUAAUUUGGUUAUUUGUAAUGGUGCAUUUUUGGACUGUCAUGGCUACUCAUCUGUCGCCUGUUCCCUGUGAUGAUAAAAGUGUGAUGAAACUCGCCCGGCUUGCUGUAAAUUACAUUAACGAGGAUAGACAAGAAGGAUACAAAUUUGCCCUCAACAGAGUUUACAAUGUGCAUGUUCAUCCUCAGGGUCCAGCUGGAAAGGUUUACUAUCUAGACUUGGACAUCCUGGAGACCAAAUGUCAUGUCCUCAGCCGAAAAUCAUGGAAGCGCUGUGAUAUAAGGCCCUUCAUGGAAACGCAAAUCUCUGGGAACUGCAACACUACCAUACUCCACACAACAGACGGCCUUUCCUACCUCUACAGUUAUGACUGCAGCCUUGUACCAGACACCCCUGAAAAGUUACAGCAGACAUGUCCAGACUGCCCCCUACUGUUGCCCGUGGUUAGUGACACAGCCGUGUCCAGUGCUAAGGUCACACUUCGCAGCUUCAAUGGUCAGAGCACUCUGCCUGUACAGCUCACAUUGGCAUCUAUAACCAGAGCCUCCCACCAGGUCUCUCCAGUUGUAGCCAGUUUUGUUGAGUAUACUGUGCAGGAGUGCUCUGUGCCACCAGUGGAUGAAGCGUUGUGUGUGCCAGCAGAUGCAGGGAAAGGGCCCAUUGGUUUCUGUGGCGGGGCGGUUUUUGGCGCUGAAGCUACCCCAACCGAUGUUAAGGUGUCCUGUGAAAUAUUCCACCCUCAGCGCUCUUGGAAUUCUGUAGGCAAUGAUGCCGGUACACAACAGGCAGAAGAGCCCAGCCCUCGGCCGGAAGUGCCAGUCCGUCCUCCAGUUCUUAAUACCCCUGUCCCCACAUUUCAUGACACAAGUCCAGGAGUUCUGCUAGACCCUGUGCAGCAACUCCUUCCACACAGCCCUGCUCCUUAUCAAACAUCCAGUGACUCCAGUGAGUCUUCUUCAUCAGAGGAGAUUGCUGGUUCAGUUAGAAUCAUCAGGCCUCCACUGAACUUCCGCUAUGUGCCUUCACGCCAGAGGAGAGAAGCAUCUGUGGUAACAAUUAGUCCUACUUUCCUGGCCGUGUUCCCCAGCAUACCGUCCCCUUUCCGUUCCUGCCCUGGAGCAUCUCGCUAUACCACUGUAUAA